CUACAUGCCGCUAAAAAAUGUUCACCUCAAUCUUAGCAUGCUUUAAAUAUCACAACUCUAUAUAUAAUGGUUGAAAAUGUAUAACAUAAGAAUCUUGCUUUAAAUAUCUCAACACCCUAUGCAUCAUUUGAAAGUGUGCGGUAGGGAUAGCAAUGGGUUGGGUUAUGUCAAAUUCAAACCCAAAUCAACGGGUAUAUAUAUCCAAAAAAAAAAUCUCGGGAAAAAUCAUCAGGUUCUGGAACCUCAAACCCAACCCAACCUAUUGGAUAUAUGCGCGGGUUCAUGGAUAUUCAUAGAUUAUUAUGAUGGAAAAAUAUACAAAAUCAUAUAUCUGUCAAAAUAAGAACUUAACACCAAUCUGCCAAUACAAUUUUCAAUACAAAAAACAACAAUCUAAUACAUACAAGAAAACUUACAGAUUAUCUAUACUAAUUGCUCAAUACUGAAGAUAAACAUCCACAAACAACACAGUUAAUUGAACGCUCCGUCCUCCUCGAGAACUUGAAAAUUGUCAUCUUAACAUCACUCCCUCUCCGUAAUAUUAACUUCAUUCUAGAUAAUUAGUAAGAACAACAAAUUAGACAUGUCUCCACAAACAUAAGGAAGAUAGUGGGAUUAUGGGUAUGGGUCGAUAUUCAUGAGUUGGGUAAACUUAAACUCGAACCCAACCCAACCCACUGAACAAUGCCAUGGAUUUCAACCUGAAUUCGGCCUGCAAACGUGAGUUUUUCACGCUUUAACCGGGUUGGAUCAUAUAAGAUACCCGUGGAUAGGGUUUAGUUGUUGUAGAAGGAUUUUACUGAUAUCGACUCUCUUAGCCGUUGUACUGGGAAGGCUAGGGUUGAUAAUCAGUUCGGUUCGGUUAUAAUCUGAACCAUUUAGUCGGUUCUCGGUUAAUCGUUAAGCACUUUGUGCUUACUGCUAAUCGCACCAUUUAAUUUAGUCAGUUAACCGUAACCGUUUAUUAUGUUCUCGCUUAUUUUUUCGCUUAACCGGAUAACCGUUAACCAAGUGAUUCGACAAGGUUAUACCAAAAUAACCGAUCGAUAACCUAACCAGCAAAAAACCUCAUUUUUUUAAUUGUGAAAUUUUCUAUAAUUUUUCAUACAUACGCAUGUGUUCUUUUCUUAAGUUGUUAUCCUUGAAUAAAAUAUAAUUUAACACAUAUACACAUAUAUAUAUAUAUAUAUACACACAUAUACACACACACAUAUAUAUAUAUAUAUGGUGACUUCUACGGUGCCCAGGGCAAAAGCCGGGUACGGGUACCUUGGCCGAUCUUAACCGUUCGUUUUCAAUCUCCACGGCUCACGUUUGUUAAACCUAACUGCGCCACUAAAUAACUAAACAAAUUACAAAAAGCCUCCUCCGCGUUAAGUUUGUUUUCAUCCUAGUCCAACUAACUGCCCCGAUUAAAUUAAAUGGAUUAAGACCCAAACCCAAUUGGGUAGACCCACUGCCGCCCAAACCAAUUUCCAGUCUCCCUAACCAAUUACACGAUCCCUCUCUCGUCUUGGAGGGAUGCCCCUUCACAGUUCCAAGAGAAGCUCCCCAUCCACAUUCGACGUAGAUUGAAUUUCCCAAAAAAAAUUUGUCUUGUUUCUUCUUCGCCAUUGUAUUUCCCCUCGCCUAUCUCUUUCUAACACGAUUACGGCGACCAUGUCUAUUAUUGUGUUCAUCGAACUUUUCAUUUGCAAAAGAACCCUUGAAAGAGGUUUGCUAACCCUAGGGUUCAUGUCCCUAGUGCUUUGUCAUCUUGUCUUAGCGUUAUUGUGAUUUUCUCGAGCCUUAUAUCUCUCGGUGAAUUUAGGUUUCCUGAUAUGUAGUGUUCAUCUCGCCCAGAGGAUUGAGGAAGAAGAUGAAGAACACAUAAUUUGAUUCGAAUCGGAUGGAGAGGUCUCCUUAGUUUGUGUUUAUGUAUUAACGGUGCGUUUAGGACUAAUUCUAGUUGGACUGGGUCUGAUCAUUGAUUUUUCCAGGCUUUUAAAUAACAUUCAAACGUGGGCUUGUACAUGACCCAUGCAAUAUUCAAAAGUGGGCCUGGAACGUGCGAGCCCAUUAGUUUUCUCCUGCGGUAUCAGCGCCAACCCUAGUUUAACUAGCUUUAGUUACCCUAGUUUAACUAGCUUUUAAAUAACAUUCAAACGUGGGCUUGUACAUGACCCAUGCAAUAUUCAAAAGUGGGCCUGGAACGUGCGAGCCCAUUAGUUUUCUCCUGCGGUAUCAGCGCCAACCCUAGUUUAACUAGCUUUAGUUACCCUAGUUUAACCUACACGAGUUAACAUCAUCAUUACUACAUAUCUUCCCAAAUCUUCUAACUCUUGACAUUCCAGACUCAACCGUCUCCAUCACACGUCUCCACACUCAACCCCCACGAUCACUUUUUCUUACACCUACAAUCUCUCUUUCCUCCAUCUUCACCUUCCCUUGUUCCUUCUUCCUCUGACUCCAUGGCAAACAAAGGCAAAUCGUUUGUGGAUAUGGGCAUACUAACUCUAUCAAACGACGACUGCCGAUUCACCCCAAGUCUCGCGGACUAUCUUUCAUUCACGAGCAAGACAUCUAUUGUGGCCGAGUACGAGUUCAUCCACCUGUCCCCUUUCCCUCAAAAAGUGAAGCAGUUAAUUAAAAAUCUUGGCUGGGAAAAGUUCUUUGAUCUCUGGAGUCGAGGAAGCACCAAUUACUGCCCGCAUGUGGUGAGGAAGUUCUACCACAAUUUAGAGCUGUCUGGUCCCUCCGAUUCUCAUCUCGUGUCGGUCUUCCUGGGUUAUAGAGCCUGCUUCCAACCUCAUCAGUUUGCUGAGAUCCUCGAUCUCCCCGCCGCAGGACACCACAUUGAUAGCAGAAGCGAUCUUCGGCUGUACGAUUUUGAGUUCGAAGUUGAACUGGCGAGACUGACGAAUGGGCACAUCCAGGCUUCUUUCCUCCCAGAUCCUCUUCGAUUCCUCCAUUGGAUGAUCGUCAACUGCUUCAUGCCAAGGUACAGUGGUCAUUCGAUAAUUCGUAAACUUGACCUGUUUAUCCUUGUGCAAGCUCAAAGAGGUGUUCCUCUUAACCUCGCAUCUCUCAUGUGCGUGAACAUGGUUGAGGCUGCUCCUAGAGGGGUAAACUGGUACACUGCCUUUCCAUAUGCCACCUUCUUGACCACCUUUCUUGGAAGGGUUGGGAUGGAUAUGGGGGUUUAUGCUAGAGAGGACCAUUCCGCCUAUUUGCCAGUCUACCGUAUCGUCGAAGUGACCAAUACUUUUUAUGACCUUUGGCAUACGGAGCAUGAAGAGACCCCUGAGGCAUCCUCAAGCAAACGUCCUCGGCUUACAUGAGAGUCGAUUGAUGCAGGGCGGGGUGGAGCAGUGCAUGGCGGGGUGGAGCAGUGAAGGGGCCAGCAUUGGAUGUGUUUUGUUAAGAAGUUUACUGUAAGGCUUCGUUGUUUUUUUUUCCAAGUCUUUUUCUCCAGCACUCAAAACUGUCAGGUACUGAGGGGAGCCAGUACAUCAUCUGACUAGGAAAGUCUCCCAUUUUUUUAAUUAUCCAGACAAAUAUUUUUCUAUGCAUGCAGUAUUUUGUGAAUUUGCCAUGGCUAAUUUCCCUAAGACAGGUGACGAGAUGCAGUAAUGGUCAUCCCUAAGCAAGGAGGUGCAAUUGCAUCCUACACUUGCUAUGAUGUGAGAAGCUAUUGCAAGGGUGCAAAUUUGGUUGCAAUUGAAAUUGGCCCACGAGUGGGGACUAUUGAUGAAAUUGCAAUGUUUUCUCAAAAUUAUAGAAGUGGAAGUAGGGACUACCUAUGAAAUUGCAAAUGAAUUUCAUUGGGGGAGAUUUUAAUCCGCUUUUGUUCUAAGCAGUUCCAAUUAGGUUGAUUAUAAUGAUUUUUUAUCUAUGGUGAUUUUUUCCCCCUUUUUCGUCAAGACUCAUGCUUCUUUUAUCCCCCUGUGGAUCUAUCAUGCUUCGUUUAUAGUAAAAUAUCUUUAAUUAU